AUGGCGCGGCAGCACAGCGGCUCCCAGGGCCUGCCCAGGUCACACGCAGUGAGGCCGGGGCAGAGCCUCCAGCGCCUUCGGUGGAAGCAGCUAGCGCUGCGCCACCCCAUCAAAAGCAGGCUGUGCAGACCCCCAGGUCAGCAAGCCUCAAGGCCUCUCUCCACACGGCGAGGCCCAGCUCGAACACACCCGUACUACGAGUUGUUCCCGCUUCUCUGCUUGGCCGUCUGGAUUAUGUUCAACAAUUUUCUCAGGACGUCGGAGGAGAAGCUGGUAACCGACUACGGGGUGCUGGUGCCGCUGCUAGGGUGGAUGUCGGUGUUCACGCAGCCGAGGGCGCUGGGCAGAAGAGUCGCGCCGCCCGUGGAGCGUGUCGUGCGCACACUGCCCUGGGGCGCCCUGCUGCUUGUCGCAUGUCAGCUGGCCGCGCACGCCGCCUGGCCGACCUUCGCUCCAGCUGCCAUCACGGCGUCUGUCAGGCUGGCCCACUCCCUCGGUAACCAGAGGCCCUUCGUGAUCCAGCUGGCGCUCACCAGCGUAUCCUGCCUGCUAACAGAGUUCCUGGGCGCACACCAAACUGUGGCUCUGCUGCUGCCCGCUGCGGCCAUUCUGGCGCAGCAGCGCAAGUGUUCGUGGCCCUACCUGGCGGUGCCGCUGACUGCCGCCUCGUCCAUCGGGGUCAUCCUUCCCACGGCGUCCGUCACCAUGGCCGUCGUGCACGACCUGGCCAACCUGAAACCUGACGUCACGGUGCUGCCAGGUAUCCUGACGAAGGUGGCAGCCAUGCUGGUGCUCGUGCUCGGAGCCAACACCAUCGGCAGCGUGCUGCUUGGCUGGACCAUACCCAUCGACGUGGCCGGCUAUGGACUCAACGCCAGCGACCUGUUCACUGGCGCUGACGAAGAGCACGGUGUCUAGAUUCGCCCCCGCACGCGACACGUGUCGCUUCUUCACGCAAAAGAUUAUGCGUAGCGAUUGAUGUUGCUAAUGAUGUAUUCAAAUACGGUGCCUUUAUUGUAUGAAUGAAUGAAUGGAUGAAUUUUGUUCCAAAUGAGAUGAC